AUGUCAAAUCUAAGGUUUCAGUACUUUUGCUUCUUGCUCAUCUGCGUAAUCCUCUGCUGCCCCAGAAACAGCCUAGGAGACACCUGUCUGCGGCCAAAACAUGUUGCUUUGUAUGUUUUUGGAGAUUCUGGGCAUGAUGCUGGCAACAUGAACUACAUCAACGGUUCUCUUUCUGCCUUUAGAGCUAAUCAUUGGCCUUACGGACAAACCUUCUUCAAGUUCCCUUCUGGAAGAUUUUCAGAUGGUCGUUUAGUUCCAGACUUCAUAGCUGAGUAUGGGAAAUUGCCUUUGAUAAAACCAUAUCUUCAUCCUGGCUACCGUUUUUAUACUGAUGGAGCAAACUUUGCAUCAGCAGGGGCUGGAGCUCUUUCAGAAACUCGCCAAGGAUCUGUAUUGGACCUGAAAACUCAGGUAAUCUAUUACAAAAAGGUUCACAUGCUACUGAGGGAGGAACUAGGAGAUGAAGCAGCUCAAUCAUUAGUCUCAAGAUCUGUCCACUUGAUUAGUACUGGGGCCAAUGAUUAUGCAGUUUACAUUACAAAUUCGACUGUGCUUUGGUCAAACUCUCACCAAGAUUACGUGAGCAUGGUGAUUGGCAACAUUUCUUCUGCUAUCCAGGACAUAUAUAACAUGGGAGGAAGAAAGUUUGGCAUUCGUAACGUGGGCCCUUUGGGAUGUUCACCAUCAAUGAGGGUACUAAAAGGUGGAGCUGCAGGUGACUGCGUUGAAGAAGCUACAAAAAUAGUAAAACUACACAACAACCAACUUUACAAGAUGCUGAUAAAGCUUGGGAAUGAGCUCCAAGGGUUUAAGUAUGAACUCACCGAUUACUUCACAUUUCUAACAGAACUAAUGAAUAACCCAUUCAAAUAUGGUUUCAAGGAAGGGAAUGUGGCCUGCUGUGGCAGUGGUCCCUACAGAGGAAUUCCAAACUGUGGAUUGAAGAUUGAAGGAAUAGAAGACCACAAGUUAUGUGCUAACGUUAAUGAUUAUGUGUUCUUUGAUUAUUCUCAUCCCACAGAAAAAGUCAACCAGAAGCUCUCAAAAUUAAUGUGGGAUGGGAAGGGCAGUGGUCCCUACAAUCUCAAAGCGUUAUUUGAGCUUUGA